CAGGUGCAGCAGGAGGGGAAGAAGGAGGCGGCGGUGUCAGAUAGCGCCGGUCAGAACUACACUGUGGGGUUGGUUGCCGUGGUGAUCAGCUGCCUGUCGUCGGGCUUCGCCGGCGUUUAUUUCGAGAAGAUCCUGAAGGGCAGCUCGGCGUCCGUGUGGGUGAGGAACGUGCAGCUGGGGAUCUUCGGCACGGUGCUCGGCAUGCUGGGACUGUGGUGGAACGACGGCGCCGCCAUCGCCGAGCGUGGCUUCUUGUUCGGCUACACGGACAUGGUGUGGUGCGUCAUCUUCAACCAGGCGUUUGGCGGGCUGCUGGUGGCGGUGGUGGUGAAGUACGCCGACAACAUCCUGAAGGGCUUCGCCACCUCCUUCUCCAUCAUCGUCUCCACGGUGAUGUCAAUUUACCUAUUCGGCUUCCACGUGGACCUGCUCUUCACGGCGGGGGCGGGGCUCGUCAUCGGCGCCGUCUACAUGUACAGCCUCCCCAAAGCGGCCGGCUCUUCGUCCCCGAGCUCCUCCUCGUCUUCCUCGGCAUCGUCGCCGUCGCCGAGGACGGACGAAGGCGCCGAGAUGGAGGCGUUUCUGCCAAAAGCUCAGGGAGGCGUCGCAUCUCCCCCCCCUGCCGUCCACAUCACAGACUGAGAGGAGGAGGAGGAGGAGCAGGAGGAGCGUUGGUGGUCUCACCCUCUCUGCCUUAAAUCUCUUUCCUACCUGAGCUAAGAGGAUCCGCCUUACACUGACUGUAGGUAACAUAUUGAUUAUCGGCUGCUGAUCGAUCGGAUGUUUUCGCCGAGCAGCUUCCUCUCCGGCUCGACGCCGGCAGACGGCGUCUCGAGUGUUUCGGACGAGCUGCGCAGUGAAAACGACUUCAUGUCGGCGGCCAUUUUGGGGCGAGUUGUUUGUGUCGGUGCCUUUUCUUCAUCUGUACAGAAGCCAUACGGUUGUGUUAGCGUUAGCGGCGUUCCCUCAGACCAGUGGUUCUCAAACUGAGGGGCGGGUCCUCCUGGGGGGUCGCAGAGCCACAGGGGUGGGGGGGGCCAAU